AUGUUUAGCGCGGACGAGAUCACCAAGCACGGCACGCCGUCCUCGUGCUGGCUGGUGAUAAACGGCAAGGUGUACGACGUGACCGCAUACCUAGACCUGCACCCCGGCGGCGCGGCCAUCCUCCUCAAGCAGGGCGGGCAAGAUGCCACAUUCGAGUUCCGCAAGAUUCACUCGCCGGACAUACUGCAGUUCCUGCCCAAGGACAUCUGCCUAGGCGAAGUCGACCCCGCAACCGUGGCCUCACUCCCCCUCGCCUCCGCAUCAAAUGCAGACACGAACCCCAACGGCAACCCCAACUCCAGAACCUCCACCACCAACGCCGGCAGUGGCCCCCCGCACAUCUCCCACUGCAUAGCCCUCCCGGACUUCGAGCCCGCCGCCAAGGCCGUCCUCUCGCCCAACGCCUACUCGUACGUCUCAUCCUCCGCAAACUCGGGGCUCGCGCACGCCGCCAACCUAUCCUCAUGGCGCCGCGUCAGCUUCCGGCCGCGCAUCUGGCCGCAGGGGGGCGUGGCGCGGGCCAGCGCCCGCACGUCGAUCCUCGGUGCCGGUGCCGCGUUCCCUUUUUACUGCUCGGCUAUGGGCCAGCUGGGGCGCGCGCACGACGGCGGCGAGGUCGCGCUGGUGAGGGCGCUGGCGAGGCGCGGGGUGCAUGGGUUGUUGAGCACGGUUUCGACACAGAGUAUGGAGGAGGUAAUGGAGGCUUUUGAGGGGGAGAAGAGGGCGCUGGAGGGGGGUGGGGAUGAGGGUAAGGGUGCCAGUGUGAAUGAAGGAAAGCCAUCGACAGGCGCCGGCGUCGCGGCCGCGGAGGAGCUCCCACCCGCGCAAUUGCACUUCCAGCUAUACAUCCCGAACGACCGCAGCGUCGCCGUCGAUACUAUUCGGCGCGCCAAAGCGGCCGGCUUCCGCAGCCUGUGGGUGACGGUCGACACGCCGACGAUCGGCAAGCGCACCAUCGACCGGCGCAUCCAGGCGCAAGAGGCGCUGGCCAUGGGCCUGCCCGUCGAGGCCGAGAAGGCGGGCUUCGGGAUGCGGUCGCACGUCGAUGGAGGGCAGCUCAACGCCGCGCUAACCUGGGCGGACCUCGUCUGGAUCCGGGAGGCGUGGGGCGACGGUCCAGUGGUUGUCAAGGGCGUGCAGAGCGCUGAGGACGCGCGGCUGGCGCUGGCGCACGGGUGUCAGGGCAUCGUGCUGAGCAACCACGGCGGCCGGCAGGCGCACUCGGCGCCCGACGCGCUGACGACGCUGCUGGAGAUCCGGACGUAUUGCCCGGAAGUGCUGGGGCGGCUGGAGGUGCUUGUGGACGGCGGGUGCCGCGACGGCGCCGACGUGCUGAAGGCGCUGUGUCUGGGCGCCACGGCGGUGGGGAUCGCGCGGCCGUUCUUCUACGCGCUGGGGGCGUAUGGGGAGAAGGGGGUUGAGCGGUGUUGUGAUAGUGAGUACUUCCGGUUUCGUAUCGUUACUCUUGCCUUUCUGUUGUUCUGGCUUUUCAUGCCGAUGCUGAUAUUGCGGGGGAUAGUUCUUGCGGAGGAGCUUGUGCUCAAUAUGAAGCUGAUUGGGAUGAACUCGCUGGACCAGGCGAGCCCGGAUCGCGUCAAUGCGAUGCGCCUGUACAACGAGAUGUGGCGCCCUGAGAAGGGUCGAUUGUGA